AUGGGCAGCUGGACAUUCACAGGCCCGCAGGGGCACCUGCUCACAUGCACGUACAUCCACCCCGCAUUUGACGACCGCAGGCACACCGCCGCAGCGUCCACCUGCACGCCCCUUGCGCACCAGACGCCUGGGGGCAGAGAUCUGGGCCGAACUGCGGGUGCAGCAGCCCCUGAUGCUGCGCUGAUUGUCUCCUCAAAGGACAGCGAUGGGGUACGAGUUGCUGACAGGCAGGCCAGCAAUGCUGCCGCCUCCGCGGCCCACACACUGGAGAGGCCGCUCCAAAAGGACCUCGCGGCCCUCAGUUCCUGCGUGGCCCUCCGCACUGGCUGGGCGUCAAGCGCUCCGCGCCCGGUGCGAUGCCCCCCCAGCAUGAGCGCAGCAGCGCACCCAGAGGAGGGCGCACGCCGCUGGUCGAUCGGGCAUGUGCUGAGGACGGCCGCCCUGGCCCUCUUCUUUGGUGGUGCCGCCUCCUUCACGCGGCGCAUCCUCGCGACGCUGCCCCCCGACUUCAUUGCGCGGUGGCGCAAGCUGCUGGCGGACCAGCCGGAGGACAGUGCGGCCCUGCUGGACAACCCGCAGCCGACGAUAAUCUACGACCGGCAUGGCACCGUGAUUGCCACCAUCGUGUCGGGGGGCAUCGGCACCACCAAGGAGGGCGGCGACGCGGACGCGCUGCUGCAGCCCAUCGAGAUCCCUACCGCCAUGUGGCAGGCCAUCGUGGCGCACGAGGACCGCCGCUUCUUUGACCACGAGGGCGUGGACAUCCGCGGCCUCUCGCGCGCCAUCAUCUCCCUGGGCCAGUCCGGCGGGGGGAGCACCAUCACGCAGCAGCUGGUGAAGAACGUGUUCUUGACCAACGAGCGCACGUGGUCGCGCAAGCUGGUGGAGAUCCUGCUGUCGCUCGUGAUUGAGAAGCAGAUGUCCAAGCUGGACAUCCUGCACCUCUACAUCAACAAGAUCUACUGGGGCCACGGUGUGUACGGCAUCAAGGCUGCGGCUGCGCUCUACUUUGGGAAGCACCCGUCCAUGCUCACCGUUGGCGAGUGCGCCAUGCUGGCCGGCAUUGUCCCCGCCCCAGAGCUCUACUCACCGCUGCGAGACCCCAGCCGGGGCAAGAAGUCGCAGGCGCGCGUGCUCAAGGCCAUGGUGGACGCGGGCUACCUGGACCUGCACACCUGCCAGCAGGAGGCGCGGGCGCCCAUCCACCUCUCCUCCGGCAAGGCAGCCGGGGCCGGGCCCUGGCGGGCGCCCUUCUUCAUCAGCGAGGUGCUGCACCAGCUGAAGCAGCAGUAUGGCGAGGCAGUGCUGCACGGGCGCGGGCUGCAGGUGACGACCACGCUGGACCUGCCGUGGCAGGAGGUCGCGGAGGCCGUCCUCAAGGAGGGCUGCGCCGAGUACGACGAGGAGCGCCUCGAGUUCGGCGAGCGCGACGUGGCGCGCAUCCGCGAGAAGCUCAAGCGAGCGGAGAACGAGCGCAUGCGCGGGCUGUACGAGACGGUCCUGGGCGACGCUGUGGCGGAGGUCAAGGCCGCGGGGCAGGCCAGGAUGGAGGGCGCCAUGGUGGUGAUGGACCAGCAGGACGGCGCAGUGCGCGUCCUCGUGGGCGGCCGCGACUACUACGAGAGCUCCUACAACAGGGCCACCGAGGCGGAGCGGCCGUCAGGGUCGACCUUCAAGCCCGUGGUCUACCUCACAGCUCUCGCCGAGGGAUACAAGGCGCGGCACCCGCUGGUGGACGAGCCGUACACCAUCGGCGGCUUCACCCCCGAGAACUUCGACCGCAAGUUCCGCGGCAAGGUCACGCUCGAGCAGGCGCUCGUCAAGUCCAUGAACGUGCCCACCGUCAAGCUCUGCGCCGAGGUCGGCAUCGACAAAGUCGUGCGCCUCGCCCGCGCGCUCGGCAUCGAGCGCCGCCUCCCGCACGAGCUCGCCGUCUCCCUCGGCAUGUGCGAGGUGACGCCCCUUCAGUUGGCCAACCUGUAUGCGACGAUUGCCAACGGCGGCACCGUCUUCCCGUCGUACCUCAUCACCAAGAUCAUCAACGCCAAGGGCCAGAUCGACUGGGAGCACAAGGUGGAGGCGUGCGGGCAGGCCGAGGUGGGCGAGAAGGCGAUGCCGGAGCUGCGCCGGCUGCUGCAGGCCGUCAUUGAGCGCGGCACCGGGCGGGCCGCCAAGAUUGGGCGCCCCGCGUGCGGCAAGACCGGCACCUCCGACGGCUUUCGCGACGUCUGGUUUGCCGGCUUCACCCCGCAGAUGACCGCCGUGGUGUGGCUGGGCUACGACAACAACUUCACCGUGGGGGGCACCCAUCCAGCCACGGGUGCCUCUCACGCGGCCCCGCUCUGGAAGCGCUUCAUGAUGAAGGUCCACGAGCGGAUGCCGGUGAUCCGCUUCGAGGACCACUUCAAGCACCAGCGCAGCUUUGCGGUAAUGGAGGCGGCCCCCCGCCUGCUGCGCGCCGCAGACGACGACGAGGAGGAUGAGCAGCCCGCACGGGCGGACCAGGCUGCGGUGUAUGCGCCGUUCGACCCGCGCGAGCCGGUGCCGUGGCGGCACGUGUGGGACUGGGAGGUGGCGAGCAGCCUGUGGUCGGAGCGCGAGCGCAUGGGGAGCUACGUGGCGCAGCGCGCGGCCAGCAUGAAAAGCCGCGGCCUAGCCGUGCCGCGCCUCGACGAGGAGCGCCCCUGGGACUUCUACGGCGAGACCGAGGCCGCCGACCAGGACGACGCCACCACCGCGCUGUGCGUCAUCGACCCCAUCGAGGCCCACGCGCAGCCCCCGCCUCCCGCCAGCUUCCCGGGCCUGGCGUGGCACGGCCGGCGACGGGGCCGGGGCAGCAGCGCGCGGCGCAUGAAGGAGGGGGAGCGCAGCCCGCUGAGCCCGCUGUUUGGGCGGCUGUACGAGAAGUGGGUGUGGGCGGAGCAGAACGUGCGCAGCAACGGGCGCGUGCCCAAGGACAUCCGCACCGUCGCCGAGUUCGAGGAGUGGCACGGCGCCAUGCUCGCGCAGCAGCCCGCCCACGCUGCGCACGAGCUCACCUUCAACUCCUGCGUCGACACGAGGCCGCUCCGCCUCGAGGCCCCCAACCCCCUCCUCAGCAGGCCCCCCGCCCUGCCGAGGUUCCCCGGCAUGGGUGCAGGGAGCGUGGCGCGCGGGGCAGGGCGGCCGCCGGUGCUGUCGUCGGGGUGGGCGCAGGACCCGUGGGAAGCGGAGCCCAGCAGCCCGCGGCGGCUGAGCAUCAGCCACAGCCGCAAGAAGAUCCGCGGCUGGGAGCCAGGGUCGCCGCGGCGCGGGGUCAGCCCGGCCGCCUCGCCGAGGGGCAGCCCGGGGAGGUCGCCCCCGGGCACACCCGCCCCGCACGAGGCGGCAGCGCAGCCCCCGAGCGGGCAGCUCAUUGCGGAAGCGGUGAAGCAGGUGAAGAGCCGGGAAGCGGCGGAGAAGCAGCGGGAGGAGGAGGAGCGGCGAGGCCGGCUGCCUCUGCUGCAGUUUGGGAGGCGGAGCAAGGCGCGCGCGCAGGAGGAGCCGGAGGAGGAGGGGGACGACUGGCGGGCCGUGAUGGAGGACAGCUUCGCGUCCAAGGUGGCCAACCGGUGGGGCACCGGCGAGGACGAGCCGGAGCCGUCGCCGGCGCACAUGUUCAGGCUGCCCAACGUGGGGCAGUCGUUCAACCUGGGGAGCCUGAACAACUGGAAAGAGCAGCUGCAAAGAGACAAAGAAGCGACCGAGACAACAUCCGAAGCCCAGGCACCUUCCAGGUUGCCUCCAAAGUUAGUCCAACAAAGCCCGGACUCUGAGGCAACUACUGCUUCCAAACUGCCCCAUCCGCCAACCUCAUUGACUCUGCCGUCACCUACCGAUAACGAAGCCCCCACUACCCAACUAUCUCCAAGAAGGUCGCGGAGGAGGUCGAGACGAAGGGUCAAAGUUGUAUAGGAAGCAAAUGCACCGUGUUUGGAUUGAGUGGGCCGGAAGUGGGUUGGCAACUUAAUAACAUGCAAUCAUGGUUGGAAGGAAAUUAAGUAACUUUGCAACGUGCUCUAAGGAUGGAUGCUUACCAUGUCAUAAAUCGCCGCACCCUAAUGAAACAAACCAACAAAAUGCUUUGUUCCUUUCUAAGGAGAAGAAUCUUCGGACAUUGCAGCAUCGGUUUCAAGCUUGGUUAUUGUACAUGGGUCGUGGUAAAUAAUCCUCAAC